AUGAGUAAGCCUUCGCGCUGGGUAUAUGCUCCGGGUCCAGUGAUCGUGGGUGCUGGGCCUUCGGGUCUCGCAGUUGCUGCAUGUCUGAAAGAAAAGGGUAUCCCAACUGUAGUAAUUGAGAGAUAUAGCUGCGUAGCCUCUUUGUGGAAACUAAAGACUUAUAAUCGCCUUCGCCUUCACCUACCAAAGCAAUUUUGUGAGCUACCUUUGAUGGGAUUCCCAAGUGAAUAUCCAACAUACCCAACUAAAGACCAGUUUAUUGCGUACGUGGAGGAAUAUGCUAAGAAGUUCGACAUCAGGCCACACUUCAAUGAGACUGUUUCACGCGCAGAGUAUGAUCAAAAUCUCGGGUUUUGGCACGUGAAAACGAUAGGGCUAAUGGCAGAGGAGACUGAGUACGUGUGCCGGUGGGUGGUUGUGGCUACAGGGGAGAAUGCGGAGGCGGUGGUGCCAGAGAUUGAAGGGAUGAGAGAGUUUGUUGGAGAUAUAAGGCAUACAAGUCUGUACAAGAGCGGCGAGGACUACAAAGGCAAAAAGGUUUUGGUGGUCGGAUGUGGGAAUUCGGGGAUGGAGGUCUGCCUGGAUCUAUGCAAUUAUAAUGCUAAGCCUUCGCUUGUGGUAAAAGAUAAAGUGCAUGUUUUACCACAAGAGAUGCUUGGAACAUCAACUUUCGGAUUGUCCAUGUUUCUGCUCAAGUGGCUCCCCACACGAAUGGUGGAUAGAUUCUUGCUCAUAAUGUCAAGGCUUGCGCUCGGUGAUACGACCAGAUUCGGAUUGUAUCGUCCGUUGUUGGGUCCCCUUGAGCACAAGAACCUGUUGGGGAAGACCCCGGUGUUGGAUUUUGGGACACUAGCCAAGAUCAAAAGUGGGGACGUUAAGAUUUGUGGAAGCAUCAAAAGGCUAAAACAUUAUACGGCAGAGUUUGUGGAUGGGAGCACAGAAAAAUUUGACGCCAUUAUAUUGGCAACUGGUUACAAAAGCAAUGUACCGUCAUGGCUAAAGGAACGAGACUUCUUCUCGGAAGAGGAUGGAUUCCCUAGAGGCACAUUUCAAAACGGAUGGAUAGGAGAGCGUGGGCUAUAUGCAGUGGGAUUCGCUAAACGUGGGAUAUUAGGUGCAUCGAUGGAAGCCAAGAGUGUAGCAGAAGAUAUCGGAAGGUGUUGGGAAGCCCAGGCCGAACACGACCCUAUAUCUUUCGCGCGGCCACUUUCUGAUGCAAUCAGGCAAUGGAAUGAGAAUUAG